AAAAGAAGAGGACGAAGAAGAAGCAGUAACAGCACUAGCAUUUGUCGGGGCUUGGUUGUUGCUUUCAUUCGAUCGAAACGAAUUCAGGUAGUUUAGUCAAAUAAGUGACAGUCGUUAUUGCCAUGGUUAGGCCGUCAACCUGUUCAUUCACGGUAGACACGCCGGAGCUACAAUGAAGGCAGGGGCCUCGUCCGUGUGGGCUUCAUGUUGUGGUCUACUGAAUGAAGUCAUGGGUACUGGGGCUGUCAGAGGCCAGCAACCAGGGUUUGGGGCCGGAGCUGGUCCCUUCAGAUUUGCCCCCAGUGCGGGAUACUCCACCUAUCCGCCCACCAGCUCAGGGAGUCCCAGUCUUUUAUGCAAAUCAUGUGGCCAGGCCUUCUCAGUCUUCAGGAAGAAAUAUAUUUGCUGCGACUGCAAGAAGGGCUUCUGCUCAAUGUGCUGCGUGCUUCAAGAGAAUCUGCGCAUUUGUGCUACAUGUCAUUUGCUGAAAGCGACAGCCUUUCAGCGGCCACGGCUCAUGCGUCUAAGAGUAAAAGACCUGCGUCAGUACCUGCUGCUUCGUAACAUCCCUACAGACACCUGCAGGGAAAAGGAAGACCUGGUAGACUUGGUGCUGUGUCACCAAGGCAUAGAGGAAGAGGAUGAUCCCGACACAGGCAGUCUCCACUUGCCUUCCAUGUAUACGCCGACCCCCUCUACCAUGCAGUCUGCCACCGAGUUGUCUGCUUUUGUCGCCUCUCAGGAGGAACCUCUCAGCAGGAGUGAUAGCUCUGAUACCAACCAGGAUAUAGGUGAUGCCACAUCGGUGUCUCUCCUUAACUUGGACCCCAGUGAACACACGCCUGAGGUGAGCCCUCUGACGCGACGUCGGGCUAGAGCAUCUCUGUCAGACCUCUCCAGCUUGAGGGACAUCGAGGGUCUGUCUGUCAGGCAGUUGAAGGAGAUCCUAGCCAGGAACUUUGUCAACUAUUCAGGGUGCUGUGAGAAGUGGGAGCUGGUGGAGCGUGUCAACAGACUGUACAGAGAGACUGAAGAGAACCGGAAAUCAUUGGAAAAUGUGAGCAGUAGUGUAACCACAGUGGUGGCCUUCCCCCCUCCUGUCUGCAAUGGUGCCAUUGGAGACGGUGAGAAGGGCCCGAUGACGAUCCAUGAUGACAACCUCUGUAGGAUCUGCAUGGACGCCAUGAUCGAUUGCGUUCUCCUGGAAUGCGGUCACAUGGUCACCUGCACCAAGUGCGGCAAGAGGAUGAACGAGUGCCCAAUCUGCAGGCAGUACGUGGUGAGGGCUGUGCACGUCUUCAAGUCCUAAUGCACCGCUGUAACACUACAGCUUCAGAGGAGCAGCUCAAACUGAAGACUGUACCUUAACUCAAUCAUGCAGCUCAUAAACCUUGAAUCCCCAAAAGACUUAUUUUGUGGAUGUUCCAUGUUUGUACUCCCUAAACCUCACAUUAUUUGCACAGUGAAAUAUUAUGAGAAAUGCCGUUUUUCUUAUGAAUUUAACCCUUUGGUUUCAUCGGUGGGCAGAGGAUAUGAUUGUACUCUCUUAUGACUGCGUCAUUCCUCAAGUAACAUAUCUCUAAUGUGUGCUCAUUCCUAAGUGUGAGUUUUGCUUUUCUUAUAAUUUUUUAACACAGCGAAUGUGUGGCACUCGGCCACGUGUGGUUUUGUUAAACACAUUUCAUCACAUUCAGAUCUGCCUAUAAGCUGUAGCUGGCACUCGGCUCUGCUGAGUAUUCUUUAGAGCACCUCUCUUUAUAACUGCUGCAAGUGAUUACUUAUCUUAGUAACACAGAUGACAGACACAUGCUGAACCUCACCAUAUUGGGGGUGUGGAGUGGGUGACCUAGGUGCCAAAUGGUGGCUUGUGUCCUUAACGCUUCUCACCUAACUUUUCCCCCGCAGCUGGUGGACCACUGUGGCUGUUGAAGCAUGUUAUACCAGAAAGCCCUUUGUUCACACUGUGUGUUAAUGCGCCACUGCUCGCAAACUGUUACCAGUAAUAGUGGCUGAGGUAGCAUGCAUUCUAGUUAUUAAAGUCUUGGUUAAUCUUGACUGAUGGGAGUUUUGUAGG